UCCAAACGGCAGUGUCAGACGCAAUGUCGCUAGCCAGCGGCCAGAAUCUCAACAUGGAUGCUGCAACGGCCAUUGGCCCGGAUCAAUGUGGACCAGCCAUUGGCUUGUGGAGUGGCUUCGUUAAUCUACUCCUGCAAUCGAUCCUAACAGCCCAGUGUCAGGUCUCACCAGCUGGACUAUGGCCAUUGGAUUAUCAGGGAGAUCUGAGUCAACCCUAUGACUUUGUGGUCGUUGGAGCAGGAUCUGCGGGUUCUGUGGUGGCCAGUCGGUUGAGUGAGAAUCCUAAAUGGAAAGUUCUUGUUCUGGAAGCGGGUGGAAAUCCACCAGUGGAAUCGGAGAUGCCUGCCUUAUUUUUUGGCCUUCAGCACUCAAACUUCACUUGGAACUACUUCACAGAGCCAAGUGAGAGUUCCUGUCAGGGAAUGAAGGAUGGUCGCUGCUAUUGGCCAAGAGGAAAAAUGAUUGGCGGCUCGGGUGGAGCUAAUGCCAUGCUGUAUGUACGAGGAAAUCGCAAAGACUUUGAUGAUUGGUCAGCAUUGGGAAAUGCAGGCUGGAGUUAUGAUCAAGUUUUGCCAUUUUUCGAACGAUCUGUGACCCCACAAGGCAACUCCACCCACCCGAAAGGCUAUGUGACCCUUAACCCUUUCGAGCGACAGAAUGAUUUGAUACAUCAAAUAAUCAUCAAUGGAGCUCAGGAGUUGGGCUUGCCAUAUGUGGAGAGAUUCGAAGAGGGCAGUGAAACGGGCUAUGCCCAUGUACCAGGAGCCGUGAGACAAGGUCAAAGGAUGAGCCCAGCCAAAGGUUACUUGGGGGCCGUGUCUCGAAGUCGACCCAAUCUACAUGUGGUCAAGAAUGCCUUGGUUACCAAAUUGAAUUUUGAUGGCACUUUGGUAACAUCCGUCAGCUUCGAACGAGAUGGUGUUAGCCAUCAAGUGAAGGUCAGCAAGGAAGUGGUCGUCUCUGCCGGUGCCAUCGAUUCACCAGCUCUUCUCCUGCGUUCGGGCAUUGGCCCAAGUCAGCAUUUGGAAUAUUUGGGUAUACCAGUACAGGCAGAUCUUCCCGGUGUUGGUGGCAAUCUUCAAGAUCAUGUUCUAGUUCCACUCUUUAUCAGGCUAGAUGAAGGUCAAGCCCCGGCUAUCACGGAUAAGGACAUGCUGGAUGGUGUAUAUGAUUACCUGAUACAUCGCCGUGGAUCCUUAGCCACCCAUGGCACUGCCUCCUUGGUGGCUUUUAUCAAUACAAAUGCUAGUAGUAAUAGUAUCUAUCCGGAUACGGAAAAUCAUCACCUCUUCUUCCAGAGGGGCAAUCAUAUGGCACUGGAAAUGUUCAGCCAAGGUUUGUCCUUCCAAGAACAGUACACAGAAUCGCUACAAGAAUACCUCAAAGAUUCCCAUCUUCUGUGUGUCUUUGUUCUACUCUCCCAUCCGAAGGCCAAAGGUGAACUACGUCUAAGAAGUCCAGAUCCAAGGGAACCACCUAUCCUGCAGAGUAACUACCUAACCGAACCGGAAGAUGUGGCUACCUUAAUGAGGGGCAUUCAGUAUAUUGAAUCCCUGGAGCAGACCAAAGCUUUCCGAGAUCAUCUGGCUGAAAUAGCUCACAUACCGAUCAAGGAAUGUGAUCACCUAAAGGACUAUCGUAGUGAGAAGUAUUGGAGAUGUUAUGCUAGAUACUUCACUGUCACCUGUUACCAUCAAACGGGCACUGUCAAAAUGGGUCCCAACUAUGAUACCAAGGCCUGUGUUAGUCCUCGUCUGCAAGUUCAUGGCUUCUCCAAUCUCAGAGUAGCCGAUGCCAGCAUUAUGCCUGCUGUGGUCAGUGCUAAUACCAAUGCUGCCACUAUAAUGAUUGGGGAAAGGGCAGCUGAUUUCAUCAGAGAGGAUCAUCAAGGUGCGACAGAUGACAGCCAGUGGGUGCCGCACAUGCAUUCGGAUGACUUUUAGUUUGCUUUUUUGGUUUUGGUUUAACAAUUCCAAACACAGUCUCUCCGCUUAACAACUGGCAACUUGUCAACAAGUUGUUGUUGAUAACAAAAGUAGAUAUUGGAUACUACACCUUC